AAAGUUCUCUGUUUCCUUGAACCCGAUCGAGGUAGAAGAAACCUGCCGGACAUGGUGGUCCUCGCCAAGGCCGAGCUGGAGCAGAUAGCCCUCCCGGCGGCUGCGCCGCCGAUGGCAGACGUCCGGGUCGUGGACCUGUCCGCCGCGCCGGGCCCCGGCCGUGCGGCCGCGGCGCGCGCGCUGGUGGCGGCCUGCGAGGAGCAGGGCUUCUUCAAGGUGACCGGGCACGGCGUGCCGCAGGAGCUCGUGCGCGCCGUGGAGGCGGCUGCGGCGGGGUUCUUCGCGCUGCCCCAGGCCGAGAAGGACGGCGGCGCGGGGGAGCCGGUCGGGUACGGCUGCAAGCAGAUCGGCGACGGCGGCGACCUCGGGUGGAUCGAGUACCUCCUGCUCUGCCUCACCUCCGCCGGCACCGUGCCGGCCGCUUCGUUCCCGUUCUCGACAUUGCCGUGCGCGGCCGCGGCCGCUGCCGCCGCGUCGCUGUCCGAGCCGUCGAGCCCCCUACGGGAACUUCUUGAGGAGCACGCGGCGGCGGUGCGGCGGAUGGCAUGCGGGGUGCUGGAGCUGAUGGCGGAGGGGCUGGGGAUCGAGCCGGCGGACGCGUUUUCGCGGCUGGUGGCGGACGCGGAGAGCGACAACAUGCUCCGGGUGAACCACUACCCGCCGGCGCCGCGGCCGGAGCAGCAGGCGGGGAGGCUGCUGACGGGGUUCGGCGAGCACACAGACCCGCAGAUCAUCUCCGUGCUCCGCUCCAAUGGCACCACCGGGCUCGAGAUCGCCGGGCGUGACGGCGCGUGGGCCUCCGUGCCGCCCGACGCCGACUCCUUCUUCAUCAACGUCGGCGACGCCCUCCAGGUGUUGACGAACGGGAGGUUCAGGAGCGUGAAGCACAGGGUGGUGGUGAGCAGCGAGAGGUCAAGGGUCUCCAUGAUCUUCUUCGGCGGCCCGCCGCCAGGCGAGAAGCUCGCGCCGCUGCCGCAGCUGCUGGGGGACGGCGGCCGGAGCCGGUACAGGGAGUUCACCUGGAAGGAGUACAAAAGCACUAGCCACAAGGGCAGGCUCGUCGACAACCGCCUCUGCCACUUCGAGAACUAGCUACCCGCCGACGGUCCUAGCUAGUUAGCUAUACUAAUUUGUGUUAGCUUCAUGCUCUCUCGGUCGUGACUCGUCAGUAAUUAAGUUUGUGUUCAUGUGGUGUUGAUAAGGUGCCUAGCUAGGCCUAGUAUACGUGUGUGUGUCUGUCUGUGUGAGAGUGAUGCAUAUAGCCUGGAGUGCAGUAGCGUGGUUUGUGUCGUGUGCUUCAUUGUCAACCGUGUCGUCGUGGAUUAAUGGACGCUAGUUUGAGACGAGCUUCACAAAGAGAUUGUGCAUGAAUGCCUCCGUAA